ACUCCUCGCGGCAGGUGACCGUCCAAGUUUGUCCAGUUUUCGGUGGCUCGUUCCCGAUUCUUGAAAAAUAACUCGGUACCACUUGUUCAUGUUUGCAGGUGCUGGAUUUGAGAACAAAGUGACCACCUGUGUUUUCCCAGACCGUUAUUUCGUUAAGGCCGUCCACCGCUUAGCGUGCAAUGACGGCGUAAUCAGCGUGCUGAAGACGGUGUCCGGCAGCACGCGCUGGGAGUUGUGCACCGGUGGCAGAUCUGAUCUACCGCCGCCCUCCCCGCACUGCAGUCGGCCGGACGCCGUGGACAAAGUCAAGACGAGAUGCGAUGGCAUGAGAUCGUGUGAAGUGGCCUUAAUUCAUUCCCGCAAUCCCGAUUCGUGCGUCGGCACCGCCAACUAUUUGCACACCACCUUUACCUGCGUAGAAGCACUGACUGUGGUGGCCUGUGAGAGAUCCACGGCACAAUUCAACUGUGAUUCGGGAUACGUUAUUGCCAUCUACGGCGCACUCUACGGACGCCGCGACCGGACCACGUGCUCAGACGAAAUGUCCGCCGAUUCCCUUAGAAACGUUGUUUGCAUUCACCCAGUAACUGCCCUGGUUGCCCAAAGGUGCGACGGGCAAUCCAGCUGUUCGGUCAGAGCCGGAAAUGCAGAGUUCACCGACCCGUGUCGAGGCAUCUCCAAGUACUUGGAGAUUUCCUACGCGUGUAAACCUCUUGAGGCUCACGACGAGGAUGUCCCCGAAGCGGUUCUGCCAUGCGCUCCGCCUUCCAUUUGAGCGAAUUAUUCAAAGGCUCAAUUCAAAGAAGCUUUUAUUUCUCCGUGACUGACUCGAUGCACAACGACUGAAGCAAGUUGGAUGCUGAAUCGGAUUUGCCGCAUACCUGUGCGACAGCCCAAUUGCGCUUUCACGAAUUUGCCCGAGAAGAUGACGACAUCAUUGUCACUUCCGACUUUCGUCAGUAGGUGGCGUCUUGUGUUGAAAAAAAACCCCGGAAGUGUUAAAAUGAUACGGAACGAAUUCGACCGGUUUAGGGUACUUGGUACGGAAUUUCAUAUUUUAUUUGCGAGUAUUUUUGGCAGAACCCCCCCAACCCCACCCCAACAAGAUUUCUUCGGGUUAAAAUAA